AAGCUCAAUCAUAGCAUAACUGGGAAAAAGCCCAAUCCUUCCUUUUUCACCACUCCCCACUCUUGUUGUUCUUGACCCCUACUUCACUACUUCCAUUCCCCAACUCAUCUCCAGACGUGGAAAUUCCUUUCUAAUUAAUUAAGUACCCCACCACUCUCCACCUUCCAGCUCUCCUAAACCUAAAAGAAAAAGGUAAAAUAUACUAUUACUCACGUUUUCUACAUAAUUCUCUCUGUGUUGUUAUUAUACACAUACCCUAGCUAUAACCUGUACACAACUCCUCCACCGCCAUUCCUUAACGCAACUUCCAACUUCCCCAUCACUCCCUUUCUUUUUUAUAUACAAAACUUCUCGUUAGUCCUUUACUCACUCACUCACUCAACUCUUAUUCACUUUUCCCGUUUCCUUCUUCCUCCUCAUCGUAUUUUCUCCUGAAUUUGAUCACACAACAAGAACAAGUUAUGGCUCUUGAAGCUUUGAAAUCACCAACAACAGAAUCAACUCCUACUAUACCACCCAUCUAUGACCAAGUCAAUUUGGAUUCUAAUACCAAGAGAAAACGUUCGAAACGUCCUCGCAAUGAAAUCCAACCAACUGAAGAGGAAUUUCUUGCCCUCUGUCUUAUCAUGCUCGCUAGAUCAGGCGGCGGCCGCACAAAUUCUACUCAUCAUGAUAAUAUUACUACUACUACUACUGCUGCUGUCCAACAACAAAAGAAACAAAUUACCAACGAUCCACUACCACGAGAAGAUCAAGAAGCAUUAAUAGAGCAACAUUCUUACAAGUGUAGCGUAUGCAACAAGUCUUUUGCUUCUUAUCAAGCACUUGGUGGGCAUAAAGCAAGCCACCGUAAUAAACACUCCACUACUACUGCCACCACCGUUUCAGAUGAUAAUUCUACAUCAACUACUUCUUUAAACCCUAGUGGUCGUUCUCACGAGUGCUCUAUAUGCCACAAGUAUUUUCCUACUGGUCAAGCUUUGGGUGGCCAUAAACGCCGCCACUACGAAGGCAAGAUUAUUGGUGGUGGUGGGGGUAGCCGUGAAGCCGGUGGUAGCCACACCGUGAUAUCGUCGGAAGCCGGUGGCUCAGCCCGGACAGUGAGAGACUUUGACCUGAAUCUGCCGCCGCCGCCAGAAUUUUCUUUGGGACUGACCGUUGACUGCAGAGGUAAAAGUCAACUUUCCAGCGAGCGAGAAGUAGAAAGCCCUAUGCCUACUAAGAAACCGCGUUUAUAUUUUUCGGAUUGACGGGAAUUAGUUAAAUUGUUAGAAAAAAUAGUUAAUUGAUUCACUGUGAUCCAUUUUUUUUUUUGAGAAAAAGAAACUAUAGUUUUAUUACUUAGAGUACUUGAUUUAGGACACUGUUUGUUAGAGAGAGUAGGCCAUUCUUGUUGAACUUCGUUAUUGGUUAUUCAUUUGUUGAGUUAGAUCAUUGACACAUGAAUACAGAAUUACUGGAAUAAUUUUAUUGCUCUA